AUGCGGUUCGCCCUUCUAGCCGGUUUGGCCUCUUUGGCCUCCUCUGUCUCUGCGACCGCGUUGACCUACCGCCUCGAAGCUAACGAGAAGGCAUGCUUCUACGCGGAGGUUGAGCAGGCCAACGCCAAGGUGGCCUUCUACUUCGCGGUCCAAUCAGGUGGUUCCUUCGAUGUCGACUACUCUAUCCAAGCUCCGGGCGACAAGAUUGUUGCAGCCGAGGAGAAACAGCGACAGGGCGACUUUGUUUUCACUGCGCAGAGCAUUGGAGAAUACAAGUUCUGCUUCAACAAUGAAAUGUCCACAUUUGCCGAGAAGAUGGUUGAUUUCGAGAUUGCUGUCGAGAAUGAGCAGCGCGCUCAACUUCCCUCCCGACAAGGCGCUACCCCCGAACAAACCUCCAGCUUGGAGGAAUCCAUCUACAAGCUCUCCUCACAACUGUCCACCAUCUCUCGAAACCAGAAGUACUUCCGUACGCGUGAGAACCGUAACUUCAGUACUGUCCGCAGUACCGAGCGUCGGAUCUUCAACUUCAGUGUGAUCGAGUCGUUUAUGAUGGUGUCGAUGGCCGCGCUGCAGGUAUUCGUUGUGCGCUUCUUUUUCCAGGGCGCACGAAAGGGUAUGUUCAAUUCC